AUGUCAUCAGCUCAGCGGACUCUAAUAUGUUCUUCUACAUUGUAUGUGCCCUGUUCCUUCUCAACGCCUUCACAACUGAGGCACAAGUCAGUGCUCCAUGUGUGGAUCAGGGAGGAGAAUCGUUCUGCCUCGGACCAUACCACGCUGGCCAAUGCAGCAGUCCAGACUUCCAGCCUAUUGCGCAAAUGUACUGCGCCAAGACAUGUGCCAUGUGUGGAUCAGGGAGGAGAAUCGUUCUGCCUCGGACCAUACCACGCUGGCCAAUGCAGCAGUCCAGACUUCCAGCCUAUUGCGCAAAUGUACUGCGCCAAGACAUGUGGUAUUUGUCACUGA